ACCGGAAUUAGCAUGUCUUUAUUAGCCUGCUCUGUGUUUGUUUUCAGCCUAACGAAAUAACAGACCUGUUAGCAUUCAUGGAUGUUCCGAAUGAAAUGAGCCUUCGGUUUCACUCCUACAGUGACAUGUACAUCUAUGACAAGCGACUCCAGAGCUUUGCUGACUGGCCUUUUCGUGAAGAAUGUCAAUGUACCCCUGAAAUGAUGGCCAAGACUGGGUUUGUCCACUGCCCUAGUGAGAACGAACCUGAUGUGGCUUGUUGUUUCUUCUGCCUCAGAGAGCUGGAGGGCUGGGAGCCAGAGGACAACCCCUGGUCUGAGCAUAUCAAACGCUCUCCUAACUGUGGCUUCCUGGCCAUGAAGAAAGAUUUUUGUGAGCUGACUGUGGCUGAGUUCUAUCAUUUAGAGCAGCAGAGACUAUGUAUCUACAUUAGGAAGACGAUCAACCUGAAGAUGGCCAAAUUUGUAGAAAAUGUGGCGUCUACACGGGAAUACGUGCAAACACUCUUUGGCUCAAUGCCUGUAAUUAGGCCGGAAUGACGGCCUAUUUUAUCUUUCAUUGUGUAACUGUGAAUUAAUAAAGGGUUUCUAUUUUGUGCAAUA